UUAAUCCCAAUCCACCCAAAAAUUACCCACCAAAAAAAAGAAAGAACGAAAACUAGUUGCAGUGGGGUGUACUGCAGAAAAUUUUAAACUGAGGCAAUUAGACAACAGCAGACUUACUAGACAGUACCUCAAAUAAAAGCAAGAGUAUCUAUUCCCAGUGUCUGUAACUAUCUAGGGUAAAAAAAAUAAUAAAUAUUAGUUAUACUGUACACACAACUUUAUUGUGGUUGCCUAGCAUCACACUAAACAUAGUUUAUAUUAGAAGGGGAAAAAAUCUACAAGCAAGAAGAUAAUUGAAAGUGAAACACAUUUUCACCCCAAAAACACCAGACAAAAUGAAGCAUACAACAAUGUUUGGUUGGGCACUGCCCACCAAAGAAACAAUACUUCACAUACCAGAUAUCAGCACCAACCCAAAUGGCAGCAAACCCAGGAGUAGAGCCAAAGUUAAAGGCCUAGAUAAAGGUGGUGAAGCCGAAGAAGGAAGCGGCAAAGAUCCGGUUGGCGAAGUGGGCAUUUCAGGGGUGGGAGCUUCAAUGGCGCCGUCUGGGUUUGGAGGGCUGCGGCUGGAAGGGAUGGUGGGCAGUGAGGACUCAGCUGGAGAAGGCACCUCACCACCAGCAGCAGGGGAAGGAAACAGGGGAGUGAUGUCUGGGGAAAGAGCUGGGGGAGACGACAGAGGAGCUUCUGGCAGCAAUGCAGGCGCUGCUGAAAUGGUUGAAGUCUGCAACUUGAGCCCAAAUGGCAAGGCCAGAGAAGGAGAGCAUGCCAUGAAAAUCAGCACCAGCGCCAAGAAGAGUGACCAAGUGGAAGCCAUAUUAAAUGAUGAUGAUGAAGCUGAAAAGGAAAUCAUAAUGAUCUUGAUUUGCUUCUUAAAAGCUGCAAUAAAUAUGGUGGAGAGGUUGAGAUUUAGGGCCUUUGGGGGGAGAGGAUGAUGGAAAGAAGGAAUGGGGGAAAGGCUCAUGAUUGGGGCUUGAAGGGGUAUGGUGAGAAAUUUUGGUGGA